UCGUACAAUUUUAAUAAAAAAAAAACGUUGUUUUAUUUUAUCAAUACUGAUCAAAACUGGAUUGCUCGGAAACAUAAUUUUAAAUUUUUUUUGUUGUAAUAAAAAUUAUCAUAAUGGCAGGCAGUGGAACCUCGUGCGCAUGACAGCCGAUUCGCCCGACUACGUUCUUUGUCCGAUUCGUCAGAGCACGUGAAUUUUAUCCAGGCCAGAAAGCGAUUCCGCUUUGAGCUCACAUACUCCCGCUUAUUAAAAUAGAAUAACAACCGAAUAUGCUGAAGUUGGCGAAAAUAUCACCGAAAGCGACCCAGCUCGUCUCUACCUCUUUUGUAUUUAACAGACCGGUGCUAUGUCAAAAUAUGAGACAGUUGGGAAGGAGAUUCAAGUCAGAAACUGUCAGAGGGACAGUGAUAGGUAUCGAUUUGGGGACUACCAACUCAUGUGUAGCUGUGAUGGAAGGAAAACAAGCUAAAGUGAUAGAAAAUGCUGAAGGUUCGAGAACCACACCCUCAGUUGUCGCAUUUACAAAAGAUAAUGAAAGGCUUGUUGGAAUGCCUGCUAAGAGACAAGCAGUAACUAACUCGGCUAAUACAUUUUAUGCUACCAAAAGGCUGAUAGGAAGACGGUUUGAUGAUGCUGAAAUAAAAAAAGACAUGAAGAAUAUAGCAUAUAAGAUCACAAAGGCUUCCAAUGGCGAUGCUUGGGUUCAAGGCAGUGAUGGAAAAAUGUAUUCCCCUAGUCAAAUUGGAGCGUUCAUUCUGUCCAAGAUGAAGGAAACGGCUGAAGGCUAUCUUAAUACUCCAGUCAAAAAUGCUGUCAUCACAGUUCCAGCUUAUUUUAAUGAUUCACAACGUCAGGCAACAAAAGAUGCUGGACAGAUUUCUGGGCUCAAUGUUCUCAGAGUCAUCAAUGAGCCAACUGCAGCAGCUCUUGCUUAUGGAAUGGACAAAUCUGAAGAUAAAAUAAUUGCUGUUUAUGAUCUUGGUGGUGGGACAUUUGACAUUUCAAUCCUUGAAAUUCAAAAAGGUGUAUUUGAAGUGAAAUCAACUAAUGGAGAUACAUUCCUUGGAGGAGAAGAUUUUGACAAUACUUUAGUAAAUUUCUUUGUUCAGGAAUUUAAAAAAGAGCAAGGUAUUGAUGUUACUAAAGACCAAAUGGCUAUGCAACGAUUGAAAGAAGCUGCAGAGAAGGCCAAAAUUGAACUGAGUAGCUCACUCCAAACAGAUAUUAACUUGCCCUACCUAACCAUGGACUCAGCUGGACCUAAGCAUAUGAACAUGAAACUUACACGCUCGAGAUUUGAAAGCUUAGUCGGUGAAUUGAUCAAGAAGACGAUAGCACCCUGUCAAAAAGCUUUGACAGAUGCAGAAGUCAAAAAGACCGACAUUGGUGAAGUCCUACUUGUCGGUGGAAUGACUAGAAUGCCUAAGGUUCAGUCAACUGUUCAAGAAAUUUUUGGUCGUCAACCAUCGAAAGCAGUCAACCCAGAUGAAGCUGUUGCUGUAGGAGCUGCUGUACAAGGUGGAGUUCUUGCCGGAGAUGUUACUGACGUAUUGCUCCUCGAUGUGACUCCACUCUCUCUUGGUAUCGAAACACUAGGAGGUGUAUUCACCAGGCUUAUUUCCAGGAACACAACUAUCCCAACAAAAAAGAGCCAAGUGUUUUCUACAGCAGCUGAUGGGCAGACUCAAGUAGAGAUUAAAGUUCACCAGGGUGAGAGGGAGAUGGCUGGUGACAACAAGUUGUUGGGCCAGUUCACACUUGUCGGGAUCCCUCCUGCACCUAGAGGUGUGCCACAGAUUGAAGUCUCUUUUGACAUUGAUGCUAAUGGGAUAGUCCAUGUGUCUGCCAGGGAUAAAGGAACAGGGAAAGAACAACAAAUUGUUAUCCAAUCAUCUGGAGGGCUUAGCAAAGACGAGAUCGAAAACAUGGUCAGAAAUGCUGAGCAGUUUGCUCAGGCUGAUAAGAUGAAGAAGGACAGGGUUGAGGCCUUCAACCAAGCUGAGAAUAUAAUUCAUGAGACUGAAUCAAAAGUAGAAGAAUUUAAAGAUCAACUGCCUGCUGAAGAGGUGACAAAAAUGAAGGAACAGAUUGCACAGGUUAGGGAUCUUUUGAGCAAGAAAGAAGAGGCAGACCCUGAAGAGAUAAGGAAAACCGUUGGAAACCUACAGCAGUCCUCACUGAAACUCUUUGAAAUGGCUUACAAAAAGAUGGCGUCAGAAAGGGAAACAUCUCAAGAAAAACCUAGGGAAGAAGAACCAAAAAAGGAGGAAAAACAGAAUUAAACUGACUGAAAAAUAUAUAUACACAUAUAUGUUUAUACAAAUAUAUGUGCAUAUAUAAAAUAUAUAAAUGUAAAUUGUAGGACAAUUGUUAUUCUUGACAGUGAAGAGCAACAGAGUACUGAGUUCGGUGUUUUGUUACAGCACAGUGAUUCCAUUACAAAUUUUCAUUAAAUAGACCCCCUUUUUCUUAUUCUCAGUUAA